AUGGAGCUUGGGCGGGCCAUCGAGCUGGAGGGGGCGUCGCCGAAGGCCAGCCCCAAGGCCAAGGCCGCAGCGGCGAGCGGGAGCCUCAAGGCCAAGGCCGCAGCGUCGGGCGGGGCGGCCGAUGGUCGCCGCGGCUUCCCUGGCGCCCCCUGGUCGUCGGCUGGGUCUUCGGAGCUUGACAGGCUGCUGGCCAUCCCCGACCCGAUCAUCGCGGCCAAGCUUCGGGAGGCAGUGGCGGGAGCCCGCGACUUCGUCCCGCCGCCGCCGGCAGCAACCCAGCGGACCUUGGAGCAGCAGCUGCAGUCGGCCACGGACCGCCGCAUCAACCUCCAGCGCCAGCUCGACGAGGCAGCCGACGCCCUGUUGGCGGUCGAGGAGCAGCUGGACGAAUGCUGUGGCUGGCGCGACACCUGCGCGGCCAGCCUGGCGGAGGCCCAGGCGGGGGAGGCCAAGCUCCUGCGCAGCCGCGCCCAGGCCUCUGGCAUCACGCCACCGACUCCUGGCGGCUCGAAAUCGGCCACCUUCAUCUUCGACGUGGAGUCGCUCGAGGACUUCAGCGAGCUUGAGGAGGAGGCCCAAGCUAAUCUCCGACAGAUGCGCGAGGAGGGCUACAGGGUCACGCUGGAGGCCCAGGCGACGUUCGACCAGCUACAGCGGCUCAAGCAGGACAUCGAGGAGGCCGCCGCCAGCAAGCGCCGCAAGCGGGAGCGCCCGCAGCCAGACGGGCCUGCUGGGGCACCCGCUCAGGGGCCAGCGGCAGCAGCUGCGGCCGAGCAGCAGGCGACCCCCCCUGCUGCGGCAGCGGCUGCCGCGGCCCCCGCCGCUGCGGCAGAGCCCACCAGCGGCUUCCGCGAGCGCGCCGUGAGUGCCGCGGAGCUUGGGGCAGCGGCAGCCGAGGCAGCGCACCAGCGGGCCACCGAGCAAAAGGUGGCCGGCGGGCAUGGAGGCAGCGCUGACCAGGGGACGCGCGGCCCAGCUGGGACAGACCCCACGGCUGCGGAAGUGCAGAGUCCGGUCCGGCACACAGAGCGCACGCCCGCUAUGGUAGGUGUGCUGGCCAUCCGCCUCGAGCAGUGCCUGCCCCACCUGCAGCUCCUGGCGCUGCGGCAGGGCUCGCUGGAGGGCGACCUCCGCAUCUGCACCUACAACGGAAAUACUUGGAACUCGAUCGCCAGUGUCCACGAGUGGAUGCGCAGAAAGCGGAUCGAGCCGCACGUGGCGCCGUUCCAGGAAACUCGCUUUUUCCCCCCGACGGCCGAGGAGCAGGCCCACGGAUGGGCCAACCGACGCGGCCUCCAGCUGGCGUGCUCGACAACGCUCAGGACCGGAGAGGCGGCCAUGGCGGUCUCGUCUGGCGUCGGCGUCGCCACCUCGAAGUUGCUGGGCUCGGCGCGGUUCGCCCAGCCUCCGGCUGGCCAGCAGCGCGGGCCCCUUCCCCGCGGGAUUUCGCUGGGCAAGGGCGCCACCAUAGCCGUGAUCUCGGUCUACCUUGAGGACUCCGUGGGUCUGCAAGGGUCCAAUCGCCAGCUGCUCGCCGUCCUCCACGAGUGGCCCCCAUUCGUGAUAGGCGGCUGCUGGAACAUCGAGGCCUCGGAGCUCAUGGACUCAGGCUGCUGGGAGCGACCCGCGGUGCAGACCCAGCGGGCGCCCGAUGCUUUUGAUUUGGAUAUCGUGACCGACGACGCGGCCAGAGGCAGGCGCGACCAGUCGGCGCUACAAGGCAUGUCGGACGAUGAGGCCCGCAUUUUCAAGGGCAGGGCCAGGGGCAUCAUGGCGGUCACCGCCCCGCACGAGGCCAAGGUGCCGCGCGAGGCGGCGCUCCGCCUGCGCGGCGAGUUUCAGGACCUGGGGGUCGCCAUGCUCGACGGCUACAUGUUCGACAGCUUCUGGGGCGAGGUCGGCCUCCAGACGGACAUGGGCUACAACCCCAUGGCCAUGAUCGAGCAGCUCGCGACCAGCAAGCAGAAGUGGGGCGACUUCAACGAGAUGGCCUUCAAGAGGCAGGGGCCCGCUGCCCACGGGGUUUCCGAGAAAACCCACGUCGAGCCCGCGCUCGUCCGGGAGGGGGGCCCCACCGGCGUUGCUCUCGUUGGACAGCCUGCCCUUGAAAUGGCCCUUGCAGACUGGCCCCCUCCCUGGGCGAACCCAGUUCGGACGAAGCAGGGGCGCCCCAGGUAUUGGGGGACUGGGGAAUGGUCGCUCAACCCCAUCACGAUCGACGAUUUCGAGCAGGUGGCCCGAAAGUUCCCCAGAGCCACGGGCUCGGGGCGGGACAACUUCCACCCCCAUUUGCUGCUGGAGGUCGGGGGCGACAUGCUACGCAGGCUCGCCAGCGUGCUAAACUCUUGGGAGCGCAGCCCGCGCUGCGGCGAGCUCUGCCUGGACCAUCAUCAUGGUUCUCUUGCCCCAGCCUGA